UAGGUUUUCAAUCAAUAACAAUUGUUUGAAUAAACAUAUUUGUUGGUCAAAACUUUUGAAAAUGGUACCUAAUACAUGAGAUACAAUUGUACUCGUAUAUUAUUGACAAUUACGACUCGUAAACAAAUGCACAAAUAUGAUGUUUUUUUUUUUUUUUUUUUUUUGUUGGAAACAAAAUACGAUGUACUUCAUAUUGAACAUAGACCAAGAUUUUAGAUUUGGGUUACAUUACUUACAUACCCAGAUUUUGGCCAUUUCAAUAAUCCUUCUCUCCAAAGUCAAAAGCACCUUUUACCGCCAAAACUGUUUCACAAACAUACCGCGAAACCAAAAUAAUCUCCCGCCAAACACCUUCACUCCUCUUAUACCCCCAACAACACCACCAAAUUCAUCACUAUUCCCCGCCUUUCUACUCUCUCUCUCCUCCAUUUCAAUGGCUUCCGCAGCUCUUCGCCGAAGAACCCGAGCUCCGAAACCCGUCUAUAAACCCCCUUCACCAUCACCUGAAUCAGAAUCUGAAUCUGAGUCAGAUUUGGACUUUGAAGAUGUGAGCUGUGAAGAGUGUAGAUCUGGGAAGAAUGCUCCUGAUUUGUUGCUAUGCGACGGAUGCGAUAAAGGGUACCAUUUGUAUUGUCUUAAACCCAUUCUUGUUGCUGUUCCUAAAGGUUCCUGGUUUUGCCCAAUUUGCUCUGGUGCCAAGAAGCUCAAAACAUUUCCUUUGGUGCAGACUAAAAUUGUUGAUUUCUUCAGAAUACAAAAGUCACCUGUAGAAGAUGAAAAGACAAUGGCAGAUUCUCGCAAAAGAAAGAAGCGCUCUAGUAGCUUUGUGGUGUCAAAAAAGAGCAGGAAGUUGUUGCCCUUUAACCCAACUGAAGACCCUAAUCGGAGAUUGGAGCAGAUGGCAUCUUUAGCUACCGCGUUGAUGGCAACUGGGACCGAAUUUAGCAAUGAGCUCACUUAUGUCCCUGGCAUGGCUCCUAGAUCAGCAAACUGUGCUGCUUUAGAGGAUGGAGGAAUGCAGGUCAUGUCAAAAGAAGACACCGAAACCUUGCAUCUGUGCAAGAAAAUGAUGGAAAGAGGGGAUUGGCCUCCCCUCCUAGUUGUCUUUGAUCAUAAAGAAGGGUUCACAGUACAGGCAGAUAAAUCCAUUAGGGACUUGACAAUUAUCACAGAAUAUAUUGGAGAUGUUGAUUACCUCCGGAACCGUGAAAAUGAUGAUGGGGAUAGCAUUAUGACAUUACUUUCAGCUAGUAAUCCUUCACAAAGCCUCGUGGUCUGCCCUGACAAGCGCAGUAACAUUGCACGCUUUAUCAAUGGCAUCAACAACCACACUCGGGAGGGGAAGAAGAAGCAGAACUUGAAGUGUGUAAGAUAUGAUGUCGGUGGUGAAUGCAGAGUUUUGCUAAUUGCAAAUAGGGAUAUACGUAAAGGAGAGAGGCUCUAUUAUGACUAUAAUGGACUUGAGAAUGAAUACCCAACUCAGCAUUUUGUAUAACAUCGAUCUCCAUUGUUCCUAUCAUACCUAAACAUAGAGAUGGAUUGAAUUUACUUCUGACCUUGAGCGGUUGAGCCCCAUUUUUGGCUUCCCUGAAUCCCUGAUGUGCCGAGUUACAAUCUGUAAGCUGUAUAUGUAGUCCGUAGGUGUCUUCUGCAUGUCAGUUCAUAAUGUAGAAUUGUAUUCUUUUUCUUGAGCAAAUUUAAAAAAUCAAAGUUAAUUGCUGAUUCAUAAUUGCAUACUACAUUUUUUUUUUGUACGAGUAUUAGCUAAAUCUAAGCUAAAGCUCCCAAAAAUUAUACAAAAAAUUUGACGAUCUUAAGGUAGUAUUUCUCAUUUGAGAAUUGAGAUCAAUUCCAUAUACGGAGUACAAAAUAGAGGAAAUAUUACAGGACUACUAUAGAUGAAUACUGACAAGUAUGUGCUGAUCAAGUCAAGUCAAUAUACUAGUAUUAAAUUUAUGCUAAGUCUACGGUGGGUGACAUGUACUGAUAUAAAUCUACCCUACCAAGUUGGCAGAAGUUUCCUCAAGAUUGCAAAAUCAAUUCUGAAUUCUUAAUUAUUCAGCUCUGAAACCAGCAACUGCUUCGUUGAUAUACAGUUCCUCUUUUCUGCACUCUUUGCCAAAAUUCGCUCUUACAUGUGAAAUAUAAAAAAAUUCGUAGCAGGCAGAAGAAUUACAAUUCAACAUGCUGACAUACCAUUGAGACUGCAGUCAUAAUCUGAUCAGUUGGGAC